UGUAUUCCUAAGGGAUGAAGCAGGCCAGAAAGACAUCAGGCCUGAUCUGCGGCCUACACCUCUCUCCAUAGUCAGGCCUCUCUCCUUAAGAACCGAGAGCAUUUUGCUACAAUCAGAACAGCAUCUCUGGUUACAAGACAGAUCCAUGAGCAUGAACAGGAAAACGAAUUACGUGAACAGAUGUCUGGCUACAAGCGGAUGCGAAGACAGCACCAGAAGCAGCUGAUGGCUUUAGAGAAUAAGCUGAAGGCUGAGAUGGACGAACAUCGUCUUAAGUUGGAGAAGGAAGUAGAGACCCAAUGUAACAAUGCGUCUAUUGAACUGGAGAAAUUAGCGAAAAAACAUCAGAUUUCUAUGGAAAAAGAGAUGAAGUUAGCAGCGCAGGAUGAGAGGAAAAUCCAGCAGCAAAUUACAGCCCAACAGAAAAAGGAAUUGACCACCUUCCUAGAAAAUCAGAAGCGCCAAUACAAACUUUGUAAAGAAAAGAUUAAAGAGGAGAUGAAUGAAGAUCACAGUACACCGAAGAAGGAAAAGCAAGAGCGAUUAUCCAGGCAUAAAGAAAACCUUCAGCACACGCAGGCUGAAGAAGAAUCCCAACUUCUUGGCCGUCAACGAUUGCAAUACGAUCGAAACUGUCGUGAGCUUAAACGGAAGUUGAUGAUGAUACGACACAAUCUGGAGCAGGAGCAUCUACGUGAGGAAGUGAAUAAGAAGCAAACUCAAAAGGAGAUGGAGCAUGCCAUGUUAAUUCGUCAUGAUGAGUCGACGCAAGAACUUGAAUUCCGACAACUUAACAUGUUGCAAAGACUUAGGAUUGAUCUAAUCCGUUUACAGCAUCAGACUGAGCUGGAGAAUCAAACGGAGUAUAAUACCCGUCGAGAGCGGGAACUACACAGAAAACAUGUCCUGGAGCUCAGACAACAGCCAAAGAGCCUAAAGGUAUGAGGUGGGACUUGUUAUACUA